AUGGGAAUUGAAGAAAAAACACUGCUUUGUUUCUGUCACUGGGGCAGGAUAAAUAAGGUUCUACCCGAUGGACUCAUUUCUUACAAGGGAUGUACUACUGAUCAUGUUAUUGCAAAGAUGGGCAUAAAGUACGAUGAUUUUGUGAAUGCAGUAUUUGAUCGAUUAGGGAUUGAUCCUUCAAAUAAGAUGUUGUAUUUUACCGUGAAGUUUGAUAGGUCGGAAUUGAUACAACUGAGGGAUCAACAAGGUAUUGAUACUAUGUUGCAAUGCUUGGUUAACGCAGAGAAAUCUUCUGAACCAAGGAACCUCGAGAAUGACUGCGGGCAGCAAUGGGACACUGCAAUGACAAAGGUGGCUUGCAAAAGCAGGAAAAGAUUUCGGAAGCAGACAGUUGAAUUGAGUGAAAGCGAUGAUACUUCAAUCAGUGUGGAGACAGAAGAUGCAGAAAUUGAGAAUGGAAACAGUCCACCUGCUGGACUUUCAAAUACAACAAAAACUCCAAUUGAAACCUUUGUACCGCUCUACAAUUCAGCUUACACCACAUCAGAUGGACUUUCAAAUACAAACAAAAUUAAGUAA